AUGAUGACACUUGGAUUGAAUGUGCUUCCGUAUUGGUCCUCGAUGGACCAUACCCGCCGGAUAGUCAUUGUCCGGCAUGGCGAAAGAUGCGAUUUCGUUUUUAAUCAGGGCGGUGUUUCCUGGAUGAAACGCGCUUUUGAUAGCAGUGGCCGCUACACCCCGUUUGAUGUGAACCUUCCCCGAAUAGUCCCAAAACGCAAAGAUGGAUGGCAAAAGUUCGCAACAGAUACCCCUCUCACCGAGAUGGGCUAUUUACAAUCAAAAUUGACAGGAAGGUCGCUUCGCGACAAAAAUAUUCGCUUUGAUCACGUAUUCUGUUCAUCAGCGUUGAGAUGUGUUCAAACAGCUGUUGGAAUUCUGAAGGGAUUAGGUGAUGCGAAGGCUCAGAUUUCGAUUGAACCUGGACUUUAUGAAUGGAUGCAGUGGUGCCGAACAGGGCGGCCAUCGUGGAUGUCUCCUAGUGAAUUGGCAAAGCUUGGAUAUCCAAUAACCGCUAAUUACGCGCCGUUUGUGCGGGAGUCGGAUUUAAAAAUGGAGGAGAAUCUCUACAAUUAUUAUGAGAGGAGCUAUAUGUUGAUGCAGGAAAUUAUAAGAAAAUGUCCGACUGGUAAUAUUCUCAUUGUCGGGCAUGGUGCUUCGCUCGAAACUUUGACUCGCCAAAUUUGUGGCUCGGAGCCAAGGUCUAACGAAGAUUUCUUCUAUCUACUCCACAAUACCCCAUAUUUAUCAACUAUUCAAAUUGCCGAACAUAUGGGAAAAUGGUCGCUGGCAGGCUCUCCAAUCCCCUCACUCACCCACUCAUCAAAUAGCAGUUAUGACGGCAGCCAACUACAAAUGAAUACUUCAACAUUACAAGAUAGAGUUAAAAAUCACUUUGGC